CCAGGCAUCCGCAUUAUCGGCAUCAAGAUCCGCUGGAUUGUUGAGUCCAUGCAGCCAUCGGUCUUCUUGAAUCGAAAUAGCUGGUAUAAUUGAUCCAUUGCAACCCGGAAAUCAGUAUCUUUGGUGUUUGUAGGUGUCUGUGGCGCAAAUUUACCUCACCACUCCAAUCCCGCCGCGUCUGCUUCCCUCUCCCUGUAGCCAGCGCAUUUCAGCAAGGAAAAGCACGAUUUCCGCGAGUGACUUUUGCUCAGUUCACUCGCUGUAUGCUUUUCUAUAAAUCACAGGCUACAACAUUGCCGCAGGAUAUGCGUCUUCACCAUCUCUUUGCGCAAUGGCAUUCAGAGUCAACCUUCCACCAGUCACUCGAGCGCUCCUCGCGGUGACCGUCGCCUUGACGCUUCUCUACAAUUUUGCACGAUGGCGGCUCCUGCAAGCCGAUCCUAGCCCUACCACUGGAGAAACAGAACCUUCUCCGCGACGGAUUGUCCCCUACUUGGCCCUCAUACCGUCCCAUUGUAUUUGGUAUCCUUGGACGCUCCUGAGCGCCGCGUUUGUCGAGCAGAAUAUCUUUACACUGCUGUUUCAAGGAGGGGCCUUGUUUUUCGGUGGGAAAUAUCUAGAAAGAGCAUGGGGUUCUCGAGGAUUCAUCUAUGUUAUACUCAUUGCUUCAAUAAUACCAAACCUAUUGGCCGUUCCCACCUAUAUCCUGUGGGCUGCGAUAACCGGCAACCCUGAAAGAACCUCGACUCCUCUCAAUGGCGGUAUCACCUUGCAGGCCGCCUUCCUUGUCGCAUUCAAGCAGCUGGUUCCUGAGCACACUGUGAGCAUAUACAAAGGCAUGAUCAAGAUGAGGGUCAAACAUUUCCCGGCUGUCUUCCUUGCCGUAAACACGCUAUCUGGUCUCCUUCUCGGAACGGACACUGCACUCAUAUUGGCUUGGUACGGACUCAUUACGACCUGGACCUACCUGCGCUUCUAUAAACGUCAACCGGAUCUGGCAUCGACGAACUCCGACAGUGGAGGGUUGAAAGGCGAUGCAAGCGAGACAUUUGCAUUUGCGACAUUCUUUCCUGAUAUUAUCCAGCCGCCAAUUGCGGCGUUUUGCAACCAUGUGUUCGUCUUGCUUUGCAACCUCAAGAUAUGUACGCCGUUCUCCGAUGACGACAUUGCAACAGGCAACGAACAGGCCGCUGCUAGAGGCGAAGCCGGUCUACCUAGUUUCAACAGACAAGCGCGAGGAGCGCGAGGAAUGACCAAGCGGGACGAAGCGGAGCGACGACGUGCAUUGGCUCUGAAAGCGUUGGACGAGAGACUGAAUGCAGCCAGUACUCGAGCUGCAACCCAGCACAACGCAACUAGCGCACCUAAUCUACCCCAGGGGCAGGAGAUGUUGGGUCAAACAGAUUAUCGACCAGAUGCUUGAAGACUUCUUCCCUGAUGAUUGGUUGGUGCUUGGCCUGUCGAUACACAGUACGUACUUCAAAUUGGAUGUUAGCAGACUCGCUCGAUUACUCGGUAACAUCGGUCUAUAUAGCUGGGCUAAUGAUUCAUAACUUCCAUAGCCCUCGCAUCAGCUCAAUAGAUACUUCGCUGGACUUAGUGCUCCUCAUCACCACAUCAUGUUUAGGUUGUUCUUACUAGGCGUCUUCCAGCAAUCAGAGGCACGGUAACGCUUAAUGAGCGCUGCAAGGAGCAAAGUGCCGAGCGGUUUGGUUCAUGGGAGGAAGGUGAGCGACAGGCUUUUGGCGUGAUGCUAACCUAGAUUUAGUAUUCGAGAAGGAAAAACCUAAUUGCCGUAUAUGGUUCAAUCCUAGAGGGAGAGCGAAGGCCGCGCUAACCUGUGCUUUGCCGAAGCAUUCAACUGAGGCUCAGUGACAACCCCUGAGAACGCCAAAACUUGCCUGCCAGCUAGACAUCCGUUUCAGCCAAACUCAGUGAAACUGGCCAAUUCCAUCCACAUCACAUCACAAGGAGGAAGACCUUGAAAGCGUGGUGGAGGCGCCGUCUUUGUCCAUACCUGGUGUGUCAUGUGCGGCUUUCUGGUUUUGAGAGACAAGGGAAAGUCAUUUGUGUUUCUGGAGAGAAUGGACCUUGGGUGGUCACGCCUGCCCUGAAGCCAUCUUCCUUUAGGCCCGAAUCAGUGUAUACCAAGGUAUCAGCAAUGAGAAUAACGCAACACUAUUCAC